AUGUCUGACCUCUUUGUCGAGCUCACGGCGCCAAACGGCCACAAGUACAAACAGCCACGAGGAUUGUUCAUCAACAAUGAGUUUGUCAAGUCCAAGUCUGGCGAGACCAUCACUUCGAUAAACCCAAGUAAUGAGAGUGAGAUUGUUUCGGUCUAUGCGGCGGGCGAGGAGGAUGUCAAUGAUGCAGUAGCAGCAGCACGCAAGGCAUUCAAGAGCCCGGAAUGGCGAGAUAUGGACACGAAUGCCCGUGCAGACAUACUAUUCAAGUUUGCACAAUUAAUUGAAGAGCACCGAGAAACCUUGGCUACGAUUGAGACGUGGGACAACGGCAAGCCAUACCAAGUGGCUUUCAACGACGACCUAGGCGAGGUCAUUGGCACCAUCAAGUACUAUGCAGGAUAUGCGAACAAGAUCCAUGGCCAGGUCAUCGACACCUCACCUGCAAAGUUGGCUUACACAUUGCGGGAACCCCUUGGUGUGUGUGGGCAGAUCAUCCCAUGGAACUUUCCUCUCGCCAUGGCUGCCUGGAAGCUCGGCCCUGCUCUUUGCACUGGCAACACGGUCGUUAUGAAGGCCGCUGAGCAGACGCCACUCUCCCUUUUGUAUCUUGGAACUCUCAUUAAGGAGGCUGGCUUCCCGCCAGGUGUGGUCAACUUCAUCAACGGAGAAGGCAGGAAAGCUGGUGCAGCUCUCGCUCAGCACCCUGAUGUUGCCAAGAUUGCCUUCACUGGGUCGACGGCUACAGGCAAAGAGAUCAUGAAAAUGGCUGCAGGUACCAUGAAGAAUAUCACACUGGAGACUGGCGGAAAGUCACCUUUGCUCAUCUUUGACGACGCGGACCUCGAACAGGCGGUCAAGUGGUCACACGUCGGCAUUAUGUACAAUCAGGGUCAGGUUUGCACAGCAACGUCAAGGAUUUUGGUUCAGGAUGGUAUCUAUGAUAAGUUUGUCUCUGCUUUCAAGGAUCAUGUCGUAAACACAUCUGUUGUGGGCGACCCGUUCAAGGACGACACUUUCCAGGGCCCCCAAGUCACCAAGGCACAGUACGAGCGCGUUUUGUCGUACAUCGAGGCAGGCAAGUCAGAAGGUGCAACCCUCGUGUCUGGAGGCAAGGCCUUCAAGGACGUUGGCGGCAAAGGUUUCUUCAUUGAGCCAACCAUCUUCUCGGACGUCAAGGACAACCACACAAUCUUCCGUGAAGAGGUGUUUGGACCUUUCGUCGCGAUCAGCUCUUUCACGACUGAGGAGGAGGCCGUUGAACGCGCCAACGACAGCACCUACGGUCUGGGAGCUGCUCUGUUCACCCAGAACAUCACCAAGGCACACCGUGUCGCCAGGGCGAUUGAAGCGGGUAUGGUCUGGAUUAAUUCUAGCAACGACAGCGACAUCCGAAUCCCAUUUGGAGGUGUUAAGCAAUCUGGUAUUGGGAGAGAGUUGGGCGAGGCUGGACUCGAAGCUUACACAAACAAGAAGGCGAUUCACGUCAACUUGGGCACGAAACUGUAG